AAUUUAUUUAUAAAUGUUUUUAAGCAAUGUGGGCGCCAAGCAGAGAAGAAACUUAUUUUGCUAGCAUGGAUCACACAAAGAACGUUGUACACAUAAUGCCCAGUGUGGAAAUGAUGGUUACCUUCUGUGGGGAUAGAGAUGCAAUGCGCGCUAAAAAAGCUUGUGUACUGUACGCCGAAAGAAUUGAUUUUAAGGAACUAAUUCAAUUGCGAUUAACCGAGAAAUGCGAUCAGCGGCGUAUGUAUAUAACGACCGUAGACAGUGCGUCCUUUCACGAAUUGAAACAGGAUCAAUCCUUGAACGUGACCUUUGUGGGAUUUAUGGAAAAUGUGGUGCGCAUGUUGAAGGACUGUCAAGCGGGCAAGCUCGAGCUGUGCCUGUCCAUCAAAGAUUCCACUGCUGGCAGCGAGAAUCAGAAUCCGAAUCCGAAUCACGAUUAUCUUCUGCAAUUCGUGGAAAUUCGAGCAUUUAAGAAUCUUGUGCAUUUAUGCCUUCCCUGCCGAUCUGCUCCACUGCACACAGUGCUGUUUUACAUUAAUACAAUGCUAGAUGCGGCGCAUAAGAAAACCUAUUUGCUGGAGCAGAACACGCAGCAGCUGCAAAUGGAAUUAAACUCGCAGAGAUCACAUAUUGAGCAAUUGGGAUCAGACAACAGCAAAUUACGUGAGGCGUUAGUGGAGAACACACGCCACUUGGGGGAAAAGCAUUCAAUGGAGCUACAGCAAAUGCAGGAAAAGUUGGAAAAACUAAACGAACAGCGCAGCAAUGAAUUGGAGCGAAGCCGUCGAACAAUUUCUGGACUUCAGACGCAGCUGGACAGAGCGAUGUUGGAUAAGACUGACCUAAAAACAGUCCAGGAACAGACUGAAAAACGCAAUCAAGCCUUAAGCGAGGAACUCUCCUGCUACAAGUCGCGCCUUUCCACUUUGAAGGAGCAGAACGAUAAGCUGCACACUGAACUGACGACUGCAAAGAAACAGGAGCGCAAGCUGGAGUACAAAAUAGAAGACUUGAAACAACACACAACAGAGCUACAAGAGCAUAUACAGAAAGGCAACAAAGACAAGGCAAACAUUGCUGCCGAGCUGGAAGCCGAAAAGAAAAUCCUUCACACUAAACGACAAGCACUGGAAAUGGCCUCCAACGAAAUCUCCAAAGCGAAUCAAAUAAUACUGAAGCAAAGCCAGGAGCUGCUCAGCCAGAAAAAGACCAUUGCCUGGCGCACUGAAGUGGCGUUGCAACAGGAGAAAGCCAUUCAAGAGAAGGAUAAACUGUUGUGUCUGCGGGAAGAGGAACUGGAGCAUGUGCGUCAAACAGUUCAACAGCUGCGCGAAGAAAUCCCUCAGCAAUUGCAGUCAAUGCGCCACUUUGCACAUGGCCUGGAACAGAAGUACACAAAUCAAAUCGUCACGCUGAAGGAACAUUUAACGACUUCCAGUGGCAAAGAAAACCAGAGUCGCAAAUCCAAUCGCAAAUAGGCCGCAAAUUCUUACAUAUAUAUUUUUUUUUUGUUAGUUAAUUUAUUUUUUAAUAGCUUUUAAUAAAAUUAGUUGUCUAUUCAUAA